AUGGUGAUGGCAUGGAUUACCUACUUAAUAGAACCUGAGAUUGCUAAAAGUGUGUUGUGGAUGGAAACCACGCAUGAAGUCUGGCAAGAUCUACAUGAUCGAUAUCAUCAAGGUGAUAUCUUUAGGAUUUAUGGCCUUCAAGAACAAAUUUUUAGCCUCAAACAAGGUGAUUCGACUAUUACUCAAUACUUUACCUCUUUGAAACAACUCUGGCAAGAACUCGAAAAUUUCCGUCUAAUCCCAACUUGUGUUUGCCCUAUCAAAUGUUCUUGCACCCUUAUUCAGUCUAUCAAAUAUUACCGUGACACCGAUUAUGUUAUAUGCUUCUUGAAAUGGUUGAAUGAACAAUACGCCACCGUUCAUUCUAAUAUCAUGUUAAUCCAACAUCUUCCACCUAUCAACAAAGUUUUUUCCUUCCUCAUUCAACAAGAGCGCCAAUUCACAUCUCCAGCUGGUGAAGACAAAUUCAUUGCUCAAGUUUCCAAGCCUUACAACAAAUCAAAAUCUUGGGAAUCUUACAACAAAUCCAUUUCCACUGGUCGUGGACGUGACAUCAAAAUCUGCAGUUACUGCCAAAAACCUGGUCACACAAUUGAAGUUUGUUUUAAAAAACAUGGCUUACCUCCUUACCUCAAAAAGGCCAACUCACCUCAAUCUACAACCAUUAAUGAUUUUGGAAUGGACAACAUUUCUCAACAACAUGAAGCUCCUUCUGAGGGUACUACAAUUGGAUUCAAAAUUAAACAACAACAAGCACUCCUAGCCUUGUUAAAUAAUUCUGCUUCAGCAAACGCUCCAAUUGGUCAUCACCUCAACACAUCAUAUGUGUACCCUUCAAGUUUUUCCCAUCAUAAAGCUAAUUAUUCUUUAUUCACUAAGAAAAUUGAACGCGGUUUUACAUCUAAUCUUGUAUAUGUUGAUGAUUUGGUGCUUGCAAGUUUUAAAGUUGCAAGGUCUACUCAGGGAAUCUCACUUUGUCAACACAAAUACAGUCUAAGUCUCCUCCAAGGAAUGGGUCUGCUUGCUGCCAAGCUAGCUUCGAUAUCGAUGGACCUUAGCCAUAACUUGCACAAUGAAGAUUCCACUCAUAUUUAA